UGAGGACAGAAGAAACUCAUAAGAAUGACGUUACAGCUGUCAUACUCGUGAUACAGGUAGAUAAAUGAACCUCAUAAAAUGGCACUUCCGUCCGCCAUUUUUGGGUGAAACAGCAACAACUCCUCAAACCUCCUCGUAUAAAGUGUUCUAUCGGCUUUGAAAAGUCUGGAGCUGCCCGGUCUGCGCAGAGGAAGGAUGGCGGCGGUUUUGGACCAAAAGCUGGAUAUCAACCAACAAAAUAUUCAAGGAGGAGGAUGAGAAGGAGAAGUUUGGUUUCCUGUUCCUGCUCUUCGUGGUUCCUCAGGUCUCUCGUGGUCCCCCCCUCUCUCAUAUUAGUUUCCAAAAGGCAUCUUUAAUGCUGCAAGAGAGCGAGCCGUGAGGCAGCAAGAAUCCAAGCUGAGCGGAUUGCUAUCUCUGUGACAGCUUUUCUGCCUGGCAGACUGUGUGUGAGCCGUGGAACUGGACUGGACUGUGGCAUUUCGAGGAGGAGGUGGGAGAGGAGGUGCAGGGGGGAGAAGUGUGAGGCAAAUUGGACAGAUGGAGGACGGCAACCAGCACCUGGGACACUGCAUGGUUGACAUGAAGGAACUGAGUGCCAACCCUGAAGGACUGACUGCUGCUGGUGCCAUUCUAGCACCCAAGUUGUCUCAAGUGGAAUUCAGCCUUGCCUGUAAUGAUCUGGUGGCCACAGGCAGAGACAGGAAACCCAAUGCUUUGGUCCAGGUGGCUGUCAUAGAUCCUCACAAGCAGCACCUCGUCACUCAGGCCUGCACAGAGAUAGUGGAGGCGAACAAAGACCCACUAUUUCUGACGGGGGUGACCUUCCCUUCAGAGUAUCCUGCUAGCCCAGAGACACUAGUGAAGCUAACAGUGUAUGAUGCAAAGGACAAGAGCCAGGAAUCGAAUAACUUCCUGGGCAGUGCCACAUUUUCAAUAGCCGAUCUGCUGAGGGCUAAAGAUGAACGACUGACCUUGCGCCUUAGGUCAUCUGAUGGUGUGUGUGCAGCUGGAACUGUGGUGGUGAGUCGUCUGAAGAUGGGGGAGAUGGAGGAGGUUGACCACAUCGCCACUGACGUUCCAUCACACAAGUGUCCCCUGGUCUGUGAGUCUGCAUCACAUGUCUGCUUUGACAGAGAAAAUAACCCAGCAACAGGGCCAGUGUUCAAGAACCCAGUAUGCAAGGUGUACAGAUUUCAAACAGUGGACAACAAGUGGAUGCUAGUACGGGAACAAAUGGAAGAGUGCACAUUGUCCUUUAGCGUCCCCAAACAGCUGCUGUCUCUCUACAUUCAGGAGGACAUGAAUAGGUUGCGGGAUCUGAGGGAUUUGGGGGAGCUUUCUCCUCACUGGGACAACUUAAGGAAGGAGGUGAUAACACGAUAUGGAGGAAUCAUCAGCUCCUACCAGGAGACUUUGGCUGAACUGGACAAGAUUACCGGUCGGUCAUUCAAGCCAAGCUGCUGCAAAGCCCAGAAAUCUCUGGAGUUCAUCCCAAUAAACUUGCACACCCAGAGGAUGCGGGUGACGUGCCCCAGGAAAACAGAUGCUUUCUAUGACAUCAUCACUGUCGGUGCCCCCGCAGCCCAUUUUCAGGGCUUCAAGUGUGGCGGUCUGCAGCGUCUCCUCAGCAGAUACGAAGCAGAGAAAAAGAGCUUCAGCACCGCAUACCAGUGUAUCUACUACUCACCAGAGCACACAGCCAAAGCUCAGGAGGUACUCAGCACCAUGAGCCUUCUCCAGCCCCUCAUUACAAGCUUAGCAGACCAGCUCCUCCAGGCUGCCCAGGAGCACUCUUCAACUGGACUAAAGGAUGUACUCAAGAACCUUUCUGACAAGACAGAACAGUUUGUUCACACACUUAAGGAUGAAUUGGUCAAGAGUGCACUACUAGCGCUGCACGCGGCGCAGCCCGGCUACGUUUCCAAAAACCAGAAGCAGAGCCCGGUGCAGAUGGGCCAGCAUCAAGGUCACAUCCACCCGUGCAGUGACCAGAAUCAGAGUCCAGUUCAGGGACUUCCAGGCCACAGUCCAGCCACGUCAGUCACUGAGAGCACGAUGAUGUGUAAUAAUGUGGAAGGAUCCCAAACCACAACCAUUGCAGAAGGUGUUCACUUUGCUCUGAAGCACCAAGACUCUAUCCCGCACCAUAAAGAGUAUGACGAGGAGGAAUGGGACAGGGUGUGGGCCAAUGUGGCUAAAUGUCUCAACUGUGUCAUUGCCAUGGUGGACAAACUCCAGGAGGAUGACUACAGCAAACAGGAGCCAGUCACCGAGCAGCAGUUGGCUGAUGUCUUCACUUCACACAACAACCCCGGUGAGUGGAGGGAGCAGCUGUGUCCUCCGGUGACAAGGUUAAAGGAGUGUGUGAUGGAAGUGGUGGGAAAGGCGAAGAAAGCCAUGACGUUUGUGCUGCUGCAGGAGGCUGCCUGCAGCAUACCACAGGGCCUCCUCCUCCAACAGAGGCGAGAUGUGGUCUUCAGUCAGGCACUGGCAGCCUUAGCCUGUGGUUUCGCCAUGAGGUUGUAUGCUGGAAUGGAGGACAAAGGAUUCCUAAGGCAGCUCCACCUGGUUGGCCUUGUAGCCCAGUUUGAGAGCCUGCUCAGCACCUACAGUGAAGAGAUCGGGAUGCUGGAAGACCUCGAGGUUGGAAUCUCAGACCUGCAGCGAGUUGUGUUCAGGAUCACAGAGGCCAAGACGGAUGACCUCAGUGACCUUCAGCCUUUAGUGUGUGGCCAACGUGACCACUUCACUGUAGAAGUGCCAUUACCAAGACUGGUUUUCCAGAACUUGCCUGAGGAGAUCAAGGAGGGAAAGCCUCUGCAAGUAUUCCCAGUGCUUUUCAAUGUGGGCAUCAAUGAACAGCAGACUAUAGCAGAGAGGUUUGGAGAUAUCUCCCUACAAGAGAGAAUAAACCAGAAGAACUUUGAGACAUUAGAAGCCUAUUACAAAUCAUUAAGUGAAAAGGUGCCACUAGAAUGUCUACCAUGUUUUCAAACACAGACGGAUAUAAAAGAAUUACUUGAAACCCUGGGCCAGAAUGUAGUCACGAAGAAGAGAAAGAAUGUGGAGAUACUGUGGAUUGCUGGAGCAAUCUGCCGAAGAUUAAAUGGCAUCAGGUUCACCAGCUGUAAAAGUGCCAAAGACCGAACUUCCAUGUCUGUCACAUUAGAGCAGUGUGCCCUGCUACGUGAUGAACACCAGCUCAGUAAGGAUUUCUUCAUCCGCGCUCUGGAUUGUAUGCGGAGAGAAGGAUGUCGUAUUGAGAAUGUUCAAAAGAACAUUAGAUGCAGGAAAUAUGCCUUCAACAUGCUGCAGCUGAUGGCCUUUCCAAAGUGCUACCGACCACCAGAGGGAACCUACGGCAAAGUGGACUCGUGAAAUGAUCACAUCAGCCACGAACAGCAAGUCCAUCAGUCACUGCGUCCUGUCCAAGCAGAUAUGAACAUGUAGAAAUCAAAGUGAAAUUUAGUUUUCUUUGGCCUUUGGUUGCGUCUGUAUUUGAUGUUUGUUUAUUCAAUCUCUGGCGAGUACAGUUCAAUCACUGUGGGUUUUUUUGCCUUGUUUUCUUCCCCUGGCCGGUGCAGUGACUGCUGUAGAUGAGUUGUGUGAAUCUGUGCAGCAUGUUAAUGAUAUAACACAAGACCUCAGUCACUUCAUAGGUUUAAGGAUGAACUUCCACGAUCCAGUGACUUCUGUGGUGUAAAAACUGCUCUCCACAUUCACCGUAACUGUAAACAAACUCUCCAUUUCUCAUGUUAGGUUUGGAUUAACUGAUAUUUACGUGAUGUGUGUAAAAGUGGCCUUUGUUACUGCAGACAUAGUUUCAUGAGAAUUGAAUGACCAUACCAGUGUUUCAGAACAAAUGUUGCCUUUUGAUCAAUCACUGCAUUUUCUGUGUUGUGUCUCUAGGUACAGCUCAGUGCAACCACAUAAAGUAAAACCAGAGGUUAGGAAAAUGGACCAUUGUAUGAUAUAAAGCAAAUUCCAUUAUUUAUUUUUGUAUUUUACAAUCAUUUUUUAUAUUCUGAGGGUUGAUACCUUGGACUGUAAUGCAUGUUUAAAAAUGUAUUAGUUUUGUUUAGACUUAAAAAAAAAAGCCUAUUUAUAAAUAAAACAAUGGUUUAAAGUUGAUAUGUGUUAUUGUAUACAAUGUAUAUUAUGUAUCAUCAUGUGUCAUGCUGUGCAUUUCAUUUAACA